AUGGACUUUGGAAGACCUUGGUCCAGAUAUCAGAGGACGGUGCUGAUCACCAUGAUGAUGUUCAAACUGGGCUUCCUGUGUACAGCAGCAGCAGACAAGUGUUUAUCAUCUCCCUGCUACAAUGGUGCCACAUGUCUCGACCACCUGGGAGACUAUGUAUGCCUGUGCCCCAAAGGACCCGUGUGGUACAUGGGCAAAAACUGUGAUGAGCUGUAUGAUGCCUGCAUCAUGGCACCUUGUACCAACUGCACCAGCACACCUGGGACUGAUAAUUUCACCUGCCACUGCCCAGACGGCUUCACAGGGCUCAACUGCACCCAGGAUAUAGAUGAAUGUCAGAGCAACCCCUGCAAGGGUAUUAAGUCCUAUUGUGUCAAUGGACUCAAUGGCUAUUUGUGUCACUGUCCCAUUGGAUUUGGGGGGGGGGACUGCCAGGGCAAUGUGACCACUUGUUCAGAGGAAACAUGCCAGAACGGUGGCAAAUGUAUAGACAUCCCUGACAUUGGGCCUCGGUGCCAGUGUGCUGCUGGGUACCAGGGAACAAACUGUGAGGAAAACACUGAUGAGUGCCACUCUGAGCCCUGUCAGAAUGGAGCCAUCUGUAAAGACGGGGUCAAUGCCUACCAGUGUUUCUGUGUGCCUGGAUUUCAAGGCUACCACUGUGACUUGGACAUCAACGAGUGUGCCUCCCGACCUUGUCAAAACAAUGGCACAUGUUUGGAUGAGGUGGAUCACUACAGGUGUGACUGCGCUCCAGGCUUUAAAGGGAUUAACUGUGAAGUGGAGAUCGAUGAGUGUGAGGUCCAUCCUUGCCAGAACGGCGCCACCUGUCGAGACCACGUUGCCAUGUACUCAUGUGACUGCAUGGCCGGCUUCCAGGGCCAAAACUGUGAGGUCAACAUUGAUGAAUGUGCCAGCAUGCCUUGUCUGAAUGAGGGCAAGUGCAUAGAUGGGGUCAGCAGCUAUGAGUGUGACUGUGAAGGGACAGGGUUUGUAGGUGACCAUUGUCAAGAGGAUGUUCCUGAAUGUGCUUCUGACCCCUGCCAGCAUGGAGCCACAUGCUUGGAGGGAAUCAACCAGUACACAUGCCUCUGCUGGCCAGGUUACGAGGGAGAGAACUGCCAAAUAGAUAUAGAUGAGUGUGAGCAGCAUCCCUGUGACAAUGGGGGUGAGUGUUUCCAGCGCUCAAAUGUCCUGAAUUAUGGGAUGCUUCCUGAACUCAGCACAGCUAAUUUCAGCUAUGAAGUGGCUGCUGGUUUCAUCUGCCACUGUCUACAAGGAUUCAUUGGAGACAACUGCUCAGUCAAUGUAGACGAGUGUGAGUCUGCUCCGUGUCAGCAUGGAGGAAGCUGCCAGGAUCUGGUCAACUCUUAUCAAUGUGUUUGUCCAGAUGGCUUCACAGGUGUACACUGUGAGGUGGACAUCGACGAGUGUGACAGCAGUCCCUGCCAGAAUGGUGCCACGUGCGAAGAUGCUGCCAACUCCUAUUGGUGUCACUGCUCUGUGCCAGAGCCAGGCCAGGAGCCCUGGGGUGGGCGAGACUGUGACGUCAGGCUGGUUGGCUGCCAGCAGCACCAGUGUCAGCAUGAAGCAGAUUGUGUUCCCAUCCUAACAGACUAUGGCGUACACAGUUACACCUGCCUGUGUCCGCCUGGCUGGACUGGAGAACGCUGCAACACCUCCACCACCUUCUCCUUCAACUCUGAGGGCUACGUCCACAUGCAGCUGCCUGUUCUGAAGAACAGGACAAAGCAACAGAUGGAUGAAUACAACCAGGGGCUUCACAUGCAGCUUCGAUUCAGGAGCACUCUGCCUAACAUGGUGCUGUACUAUCGGGGCACCCUGGAGCGCUUUAUCUCCCUGGAGCUUGCUGAGGGCUCCCUCCAGGCCAAGGUGAAAUCAGGGAAGGUUUUACAGGCCAUUUACCCCGGCCGAGUCAAUGAUGGAGAAUGGCACCAGGUCACUGUGACCAUGGAUGAGAGACUGGUUCUGACUGUAAAAGGACAUGGCUGUGAUCAGGGUUGCCAGGUGAAAAAUGAGGGUCACAAUCAUCUAAUCUUUCUUCAACCCAGCUCCUUUCAACAGCUGUAUGUAGGAGGGGCACCACAGGAAUAUUUGGCCAACUUGUCCAGUAGAAAGGGCUUCCUUGGCUGUAUGGAAGACCUUCAGGUUGACCAUAAGCUGCUGCUGCCUCAGGAUCUCAUCAGAGAGGAGAAUACGGGCUUGGAACUGGGAUGUACCAAAAAAGACUGGUGUCAGGAUGACCCAUGCAUGCAGCAUGGACAGUGUAUGGACAUGUGGAUUCAUGCCAGCUGUUACUGUCAUCGACCCUACUACGGACAACACUGUGAAAAAGAGUUCCCAUCCUGGACACUCGGCCAUGAGAACACGACCAGCUAUUCUGCCUUCAACAUCUCUGAAACCCAUGGAGACAACUUUACUAUUUCCUUCUUAAUACGCUCCCUUAAACAUAACGGCCUGCUCCUGCAGUUCUGCCGAGAAGAAAAGCCCUACCUGACCAUCUAUCUAAAGGAAGGCACUGUUGCUAUCUACAGCCCUCACACCACACUAUUGACAGAAGCCAAUUUAGUCACUGAUGGGAAUAACAACUUGGUGACUUUAAAGGUUAACUAUGGCCAUGUGGUCUUCCCCAAAGCAGGGAAUCAUCGAGCCUUAGGGAACGUGAGUAUAGAGGCCGGGGAUGUAGUGUAUGUUGGAGGGCUGCCUGCAGGCAAGAAUAUGAACGCAUGGGGUGGAAACUUCAAGGGCUGCUUGCAGGACAUUCGACUGGACCACAAGCAUCUGGCCACUGAGGAUUACCCAGAGGGGGAAGAGACUUACCAAGCAAGCAUAGAAGAGAACAUGCUGUUGGGAUGCAAAAGUGAUAACACAUGCAAGGAUGAGCCCUGUUUCAAUGGUGGACAGUGUCAGGUCACCUGGAAUGACUUCAGGUGUGACUGCUCCAUUAACUACUCAGGUCGGCUGUGUGAGACACGUUUGUGGUGCAUCGACAAGCCUUGUUUUGACGGAGUGCGCUGUAUGGAUCUACAGGAUGGUUAUGAGUGUUUAACUGAAGCCAUUUUUCAGGACAACUCUCUUCAGUAUGUUGCCAACAGCUCCCUUAUGAUUCCUGUAACCAGCAUCACCAUGGACAUACGAACGCGUGAUGAGAAUGGGAUUUUGUUGCGGGCCGAGAGCAGAGCUGAGGUCUUCUGCCUGGGUCUGCUCAACUCUAGUCUGCUGGUCAAACUGGACAGUGGAGCUGGUGCAGAGCUUCUGGCCUUCACAAGUGACAGGACCAUCGCCGAUGGGGCGUGGCACCACAUCCAACUCACCAUGGCGGACCCUACACAGCUAGUGUCCCGCUGGCGCCUCACAAUAGAUGGGCAGAGAGCUGGCGGCAGCUUUGGAGUUAGUGGCAACCUCAACUUCCUCAAUGACACUAACAUCUGGCUUGCAGAAAAAUACACUGGAUGUUUAGGGGAGGUGAGAGUGGGUGGUGUCUACCUGCCACUCAUAAACGUACAAGUUGCACCUCAGAUGAGCCGGUUCUCCAGACUGGGUGGACACGAGCCAAUCAUAGGAUGCCAAGGUGCACCAAUUUGUGAUUCCCAACCUUGUCUCAACCAGGGCCAGUGUCAGGACCAGUUUAAUGAGUUUAACUGCAGCUGCAGCUCUGGCUGGGAGGGGGAGCUAUGUGAAACAGAGAUAAAUGAGUGUUCUUCAGCUCCCUGUGUCUAUGGUACAUGUAAAGACCUCUUGGCUGACUACCAGUGUGACUGCGAACCUGGAUACACAGGGAAAGACUGCAAGGAUGAGGUGGACAACUGCCUGGAAUUCAGCUGUGUGAACGGAGGAGUCUGUUUGGAAACGUUGGGAACUCACACAUGUUCAUGUCCUCCUGGCUACAUCGGCAAGCGCUGCCAGUGGCGUUUCCCUCCAGUCUCAUGUGAUGCAAACACAAAAUGUCUUAAUGGAGGGGUUUGUAUAGGAGCUGACUCUGGAGGCAACUGCACUUGCAAGCCAGGAUACACAGGUGCCAGGUGUGAGACGGAAAUAGACGAGUGUGAGUCCAAUCCUUGUCUCAACGGUGCCACCUGUCUGGACAGACUUAACCACUUUCAGUGUUUGUGUGUGCCGGGAUUCAGCGGAAUGCUGUGUGAGAGCAAUAAAGAGGAGCAUAAGGAGCGAAUUCCCUGGCUGGCAGUGACCAUCCCGCUGACCACGCUGUGUGUCUUACUGGUCAUCCUGGUGGUGUUUUUCCUCAUCAUGACAGCACGAAAGAAGCGUCAGUCAGAAGGCACAUAUAGCCCCAGUUCACAGGAGGUGGCUGGUGCAAGGCUGGAAAUGGGCAGUGUCCUCAAAGUGCCCCCAGAGGAGAGGCUGAUCUGA